AUGUCGAGACUUGCUGGCUCACGCUUGCUCCGCCGACUGGCUGUGCCGACCACGGUCGCUGCUGUCGGCGGCAGUGCUCUCUACUUUACAUACCGGCCACGCAACAUCCCCGGGUUCGAGGAUGCCGCCGUAGCGCCUCCCUACAGUGCCGACGGAACCUUCAGGUUGCCUAGAUUCCCAAAGGUCAAAUCACGCGAGGAGCAGCUCGCAACUCUCAAGGGCAGCACCCAGCCGGGCGAGGAGUACGAUGUGCUCAUCAUUGGUGGUGGUGCCACUGGUGCUGGUGUGGCGCUUGACGCCGUGACCAGAGGCCUAAAGGUCGCCGUCGUGGAGCGAGACGAUUUCAGCAGCGGCACGAGCAGCAAGAGCACAAAGCUUGUCCACGGUGGCGUGCGGUACCUGGAGAAGGCCUUCUGGAACCUGGACUACUCGCAGUACGAGCUCGUCCGGGAGGCCCUCAAGGAGCGCAAGUACUUCCUCCGAACCGCGCCGCAUCUCAGUUCGUGGCUGCCCAUUAUGCUGCCCCUCGACAAGUGGUGGAAAGCGCCGUACUACUGGGCCGGCACCAAGUGCUACGAUCUGCUGGCUGGCAGCGAGGGUAUCGAGAGCUCCUAUUUCUUGACUCGCAGCAAGGCAAUCGACGCCUUCCCCAUGCUGAAGAAGACUGACCUUGUCGGCGCCCUCGUGUACUACGAUGGCGCGCACAACGACUCAAGAAUGAACGUCUCUAUUGCCAUGACCGCGGCUGUCUACGGUGCCACUGUCUUGAACCACGCCGAGGUCACCAGCCUGUCCAAGGAUGCGCAAGGUCGUCUCAACGGCGCGACCAUCAAGGACCGCGUCUCCGAACUCAAUGGCCAGAAGACGCAGGACAUCCCCGUCAGGGCCAAGUGCAUCAUCAAUGCCACGGGACCUUUCACCGACUCGAUCCGCAAGAUGGACGACCAAGACUGCCAACCAAUUGUCGCCCCUGCCUCUGGUGUCCACGUCAUCCUUCCUGGCUACUACAGCCCUUCGAACAUGGGCCUGAUCGACCCGUCGACAUCGGAUGGUAGAGUCAUCUUCUUCUUGCCCUGGCAGGGCAACACCAUUGCCGGCACCACCGACGAGCCCUCAGCGAUCUCGCAGAACCCCCUCCCCGACGAGAAGUCCAUCCAGUGGAUCUUGAACGAGGUCAAGCACUACCUGUCUCCCGAGAUCAGCGUCCGCCGUGGUGACGUGCUUGCUGCGUGGUCCGGCAUUCGCCCGCUCGUCAAGGACCCCAAGGCCAAGAACACCCAGUCGCUGGUCCGCAACCAUCUCAUCGACAUUUCCGAUUCCGGUCUCAUCACCUGCGCAGGCGGCAAGUGGACCACGUACCGCCAAAUGGCCGAGGAGUGCCUUGACGCGGCCGUCAAGGAGUUUGACCUCAAGACUCGGCCCGUCCCCAACGCUCCCCGCGUCAGCGGCACCGAGGAGAUUGACGACGGCGCCAUUCUUGACGGAGCCUGCCAGACGCACAAUGUUCGCCUGAUUGGCGCCCACGGCUUCAGCAAGACGCUCUUCAUUCCUCUCAUCCAGCACUUUGGCCUCGAGACCGAGGUUGCCAAGCACCUCACCGAGAGCUACGGCGACCGUGCCUGGACCGUCGCGUCCAUGUGCAAGCUUACCGACCAGCGAUUCCCCGCGCGCGGCGAGCGCAUCUCCCGCCUGUACCCAUUCGUCGACGGCGAGGUCCGAUAUGCCGUUGCGCACGAGUAUGCACAGACCGCAGUCGAUGUCCUCGCGCGGAGGACGCGCCUGGCCUUCCUGAACGCCCAGGCUUCUCUUGAGGCGCUGCCGUGCGUCAUUGACAUUAUGGCGCAGGAGCUCAAGUGGGACAAGAAGAGACAGGAGAAGGAGUGGAAGGACACCCUUCUCUUCCUCCAGUCGAUGGGUCUCCCCGAGCCCAUGCUCAACACGACGAGAGCCCAGGUCGAGCGUGGCAAGCUCGACUUUUCCAGCAUGCUGGAGUACCAGAUGUACUCGCGACACGACAAGCCUGCGAACGAGUAG